CAGCACGGGUUGCCAUGGAAACACACAUGGGGAUUUCCUUACCCCUGCUUGUGCGAGUAUUAUUGCUGCGUCUGGUGUUUAUGCUAUGGUUAAGAAGGCAGACACCGGGUGUCCCGAAGUUGCCACAGACGCAGACAGAGAUGAAGAGAAAUGCUGUACCUACAACACCAGAGACUGUAAACUGUUGUAUCUGGCUUCAGAAAUGUCCUUCUAUGAGGAUUGCACGGGGGUUUACACGUGUAAUAUGAAGGUGGCCACACAACUGACCCAGGGUUGCAACGAUGUUGGCUACCUCUUGAGAUCCAACUACAUGAUGAUGGAGUACUACUGUAUACCAAGAUCUCUGACUUUGGAGGGAGUGGAAGAUGCUAGUGUCUCAGGCACGGCCGUGUAUGUCAAAAGCAAGGAUUAUCCUAGUGGUAUCCCAGCUGGCACUGAGAUAAGCUGCUCCAUUGUCGCCCCCUGCGACACGCCUCUCGUCAUUACAGCAAUACAUGUGGAUCUUUACAUUGACAGCAGUGGAAUUUGUCAGCAGCGUCUCAACAUCAAAGAGGGAAAUGAGGAACAACAGGUAGACUGCACUAGCAACAACGGAGACAACUUUAAGAUAACCGAGGCCUUGACCAGUAAAACCCAUUCUCUGGUGAUCAGCUUCUUGAAUAACAACAGUGGCAAUAAUGGACGCUAUUGGUUCGAUAUAAAUGGUUCUGGCAGGAGAGAGGGAACAUGCACAUCCUUGUGUGUCAGCUACACGUGGUGCAGGUUCUGGCAGGAGGGAGGGAACAUGCACAACCUUGUGUGUCAGCUACACGUGGUGCAGGUUCUGGCAGAAGGUCACCGCUGA